AAAGUGUCGGAGUGCUGGGCAGGAGGACAGAGAGCUCCUGGGACUGGGGAGAGUAGGAAGCCAAGGGCCACAUCAGAGGUGACACAGGAGGACAGAGAGGCAGAGAAGCAAGACAGAGAGCAGGCACACCAAGAGCAUAAAGGAAGCUGAAGAGACCCUGGGAGCCAGAAGCUGCAGCUAUGCCCCACAGCUCUGACAGCAGUGAUUCCAGCAGCUUCAGCCAGUCUCCCCCUCCCAGCAAGCAGGACUCUUCUGAUGACAUGAGGAAAGUCCAAAGGAGGGAGAAGAAUCGCAUUGCUGCCCAGAAGAGCCGCCUGAGGCAGACCCAGAAAGCAGACACACUGCACUUGGAGAGUGAAGACUUAGAGAGACAGAAUGCUGCCCUGCGCCGGGAGAUCAAGCAGCUGACAGAGGAAAUGAAGCACUUCACCUCGAUGCUGAGCUCCCAUGAACCGUUCUGCUCCAUCCUGACAUCCCCUCCACCACCUCCAGAAGUGCUUUAUGCCACACACUCUUUUCACCAGCCCCACAUCAGCUCCCCACGCUUCCAGCACUGAGCCAGCCAGGAGGACAGCAGCCUGCCAGCUCCACUGAUGGCAAGAAGUAACUUUGUGGGGCUUGCUUUCCCAUCCAAGGGAAGGAAUUGGACAGACAGACCUUCCUUCUUAAAGUAUGUAUUCUGAGUGAUUUGCCUAAGACUUGCUCCCUGUGCAGAAAUGGCAGAGCCACCAUGAGGCAUCUUUGGACAGUUUCCAGCUUGGAUUCUGGGAGGAAGAGGCAGUCACAAAAGGGCACCAUCCCCCUUCUCUGCUCCUUGUCUGGGGAGACUCACAGGAGUGUGCAGCUCUGGCAGCCUCCAUAAGAGCAGCUGGCUGUGUCACGCAACAGCCAGACCUCCAGGAAGAGGAAAGGGAGCAGGGGUGGAGGGGAAGGUUGGGGGCCACAGAGUGUCAGGGCAAAACUGGUUUAUUUUUGUAAAAUAAAGAUUGAAAAUGCUUAA